CUGUCUGUCUGUGCAGCGCAACCAUCCGCAGCUGCCACCAGUAUUCGUCCUGCCUUGGGAGCCAUCUAAUCUAACCAGCGGCGGGGCGGGGCGGGGCGGGGUGGGGGUGGGGAUGCUGAUGUAUCACAUCGUUGCCCAAACUUCGUGGUUUGUCUCGGACAAGGUCUCACUGUCACGGGUUCUGGCUCUGGCUUCCGAAGUGCCGUCCCGUGCCGUCCUCUCCCGUCCCGUACUGGCUGCAGCUGCUGCUGCUGGUGCUGCUGGGUGCUCGCUGGGCUUUGCUUCGGGUGGCUUGGCCUGGCCUGGCCCGGGCUGGCUUGGCUUAGGACGGGCGUCGUAGACGUCACUACUGUUAGUUUGCGAUCCAAUUCGCCUGAUUUUUUUCUCAUCUUGCGCUCCAUCCAUCGCUGCCGAGAGUCUGAGAGUCUUAGAGUCCGAGAAACGUUGGGGCCGGGGGAUGUUACUAAUCUCGAUAUAUUUCGACCCUGUGCGUGGCGCGAUCCGAGACCUUUUGUCUCGGGGCUGCGAGGCCGUCAUUAAAUUCUUUCGCUUCCGACGAUAUCUGCUGAUAUUGCUCGUGCUUUGGCGAGCAGAGAGUGAGCAGCGAGAGUAGCAGUGGCGAGGGAGGCGAGGACUGGCCGUCGGAGGGAGCAUGACGCGCCGCUUCGUGCCGGCUCUCGUCCAAGAGCUUGACCAAUUGUUGUUGCUUCAGUCCGGCGGGGCUGCGGAUGCUCUAGGGCAGCUCUCGUGCCGUCAGCUUUUUAAUCUGCAGACAGGGAUUGUCGACGUUGUUGCUGAGACGGAGAGCUCGAGGGUGUCGUGACAGAAGCGCCCACUCUCGAUCCGAUCACGUGCCCCGUAGCGCAGUUUGACAUUUUGAUUCUUCUGAGAACUUUUGAGCUAGCUCGGUGGCUGGCUGCAGUCGCUAGCAGUAGCUCAAGCUAGCAGGCGAGUUGGGCAAGAUAUUCUUGCUUUUCAGGGGGUCGUCGACGCUUGAUUCUUGACAUCAGACGGGAACCCAGCUUGCAAUUGGACUUCAUAUCUUUCUGAGGCCCAAGAUGUGGGGAAAGGAGGGAUCUGAGACGUGAGGCUAUUGCAAGCAUGUGGGCAGCAUGGAGAACAGCGCGCCGACCGCGUCGCCGUCGUUGAAGAAACUGAAACGAGAAGCUGCGCAGCGCCGGAAGGCUCAAGCUCGAUCACUGAAGCUGCGCGCAGACGAACAAGAACGAUUGCAACGCCUGGAGAUCGAUGCUCUGGUGGAGCAGCAGCGGUUGCAGCGAUUGGAAAGGCAGCGAUGCGAAGAAGACGCGGCCGCGCGAGUCGUGCAAGGCUCUCACUCCGGCAGCGCAGCAUUGCAUGCGGCGACAGUGAGCGAUGGAAAGUGUGGCAGUAACAGCAACAACAAAGGCACUUGCAAUAAUAAUAAUUCUAAGCAGCAGCAGCAGCAGCAACACCAUCAUCAACAACAACAACAACAGGAUCGCGACCGAGAGCGCGCAUCGUCGUGCAUGGAUGCGGAGCACAACAAGAAAGUGAAGGAUGCUGCUGCUGCUGCUGCCGCCGCCGCCGCCGGCGCAGCAGCAGCAGCAGCAGCAGCAUCGGCGGCGGCAGCUGUGAGUUCAGGGUGGCGGGGCAAAGACUCGCAGCGGACCAAGCACGCGCAGCAGCAGAGCAUGCGCGCGGCCGUCGAGAGCCGCAGGCGUCUGGCGCGAGGACCCCGGAGCGGCGUGGUGCCGGAUGCGCACCCGAGCCUGCCGUCGGAGGAUCAUCGGGUGGUGAGCACGGAGUACCAGGCAGCUGGGACGCAGGCGCUGAUGCGGGUCACGCUGCUGGCGGCGGGGUUUGUCAUCGGCGCCAGAGGCAUUUCUGCGCGCCUGAUCGGCCAGGUGACUGGCGCCAUUGUCCAGUCGUGGACCGAGUCGUGCCGGCCCGACGCCGUGCCCAUCCGGCUGUUCCGCAUCCAGGGCAAGAAGGCCGUGGUGCAGGCGGCCGUGGCGCUCAUCGGCCAGGCCGUGGCCAAGUACAAGGACUUGUGCGAUUGCAAGCGCCGCGGAGAAUUCGUGCAGCGCGAGCACAUCAUCAACGGGGUGGAGUUUUAUUAUCAGCCCCCGCCCCGCAAGGCUUUUGCCAUUGCCCCCGAGCCCUCCUGUUGCAGCAACAAUGGCCACAAGCCCGGGCCCGAUCCGCCACAUUUGCCGGGAGUUGUUGGUGGCGGCGGACCUGCUUCUGCUGCUGCUGCCGCCGCCGCCGCCGCUGUGGCUCCCCCUUCGCAGCUUUCCUUCACCCCGCACCAUGUCUGGCUGCAGCACUUGCAUGCCCAGCAGCAGCAGAAGCAGCAAGAGCAGCAGCAGCAGCAGCAACAACAACAACAACAACAGGCACACGAGCAAGUUGUGAAGGCCGCUGCAGUGCCUAUGGUGGAUAGUCGGUCUAUGGCCGGGAGAGUUAUGCAGCAGCAGCAGCAAGGAUUUUUCGAUUGGAGGCAGCAGCAGCAGCAGCAGCAGCAGCAAGUAGUGGGUCAGCAGCAUAAGGUAGACCAUGUUCAAGAACAUGAAGGUGGUGAGUCAGAUCGGUGCACCACGGAGUUGGAGCGCAUUGACCAGGGCUUGCAGCAAUCCGUAGCGUCGCUGGAGCAAGCGCUGCAGCAGGUGCGCCUGGAGCAGCGACUCCUGCAGCACAACAGAGCGGCUACAGAUUCUUCCGGUGGUGAUAGGAACAUUACGAAUAAACAGAGUGAGCCGAAUCUUUGGUCCGAGUCUCACCACGAGCGAGCAACUGGGCAUAAUUUUCAGCUCGGAUCAAGUUUGUUUAGCAUUUUUGGGACCGGCGAGUUACCUCUGCCCAUUUCGCAUGAUGGGAGGUCAGAUGCAACCGGCAACGCAGCGGCUUUGGGAAUGCUGACCUCUCCAGCUUCCAGCGCUACCCCGUUUGAUUUUCCGCGAUGUGACUUUCUCCGAGAGACCCUGCAUGCCUUCCGAUUUACCUCCCGUGACAUUAAUGGGCCGGUGCCUGAGUACAGCCUUUAUGGACACACCAAGAACGAUUCCGACAGUAACCUUUGCAUUGUUUGUCUUGAACAGCCGGCUGGCGUGCGUCUCAUGGCAUGUGGGCACUCUUCGUUUUGUUUGGACUGUGUGCAGGGGCUAGUUAACUGCCCACUUUGUCGCGAGAAGAUUGUGGGGAUGCAUCAGUGUCCCUCUCGGGUGAGUAGUGCACCGGCUUUGCCUACAGCUCAGCGUGGUCCCCCGGUGGCACCCAAACUGAAUGGCUCCGCUUACCAUUUGUGGAAUUGGGUCCCUGGCGCUUCGGUCUGAGCUGCAGUUGAGCUUUCGAGAGCGCAGAUCGCCACCCAAGGUUCCGACUGAAUUUCUCAGCAUUCAGUGGACCUGUAUAUUGUCAUGUUUCAUUGACAAGUGAUCAUUCAAAUUUCGAGCGUCCGAGCCGGAUCUUCUGCCCGUGCGCGCAAGAAUUGUUACAUUGGCCACCCGACCGUAUCUGAGUUUUCAAAAAUUGGUGCUAAUACAUUUUUAAUACUUUGUUGGAAAAAGACGCUUCGAUCAAUCCAGUUCAAUGAUAUCGCUCACCACAUCACGACAAGGAAUCAUGAUGCCAUAACUUGGUUAAUCAGGCUUGUGGCUGACGUGCUGAUUUCUGAGUUUGGCAAACCGGGGCAUUAUCAGGAGUUGACAGGAACUCAGGAGUCUGGAUUGUUGUUUCAUACACCAGGGAGCAUGCCACAAAGCGCACACUGGGGUGGGGGCCCAUACAGUGCUUGCUAGACUUUACAAAAUGGAGCGGGCCGGGCAGAUUUUGUGGAAGGUUUUUAUUAUUGUAGCUUGACAAUGUGUUCUUUAUGCUUAAGUCUUGUCGUGUGUUUCCGGGCGAAACUGCCCAGCCUCAGUAGAUUGUACCCGCUUGACUUAAGUGGACAGUUUUUACAGAGCUUUACAACGCGAUGUUCAAUAUUAGUGCCCCAAACUUCCUUUGCUCAGAUAGAUACGCUUGAGGUUGACAAUGUUCACUUUCAGAACGUUUACCUAGAAUACACCAAUUGUAAAGAUGGACUUCUCAUCAAUAACGAGUGCCGGACUCGUGUCUAGAUUUUCAUCAGAGCUGACGUUUGUUUAGGAUCACAGGGAGAGGUGAUUAAUAACUGAGCGACACGACUUGAUUUCGAUCAGCUUGUUAUGUAUUUGCACAGCGACAGCCAGGAAUACAUGCUCCGGCUGUGCCAGAAGUAAUCUAGACACGUAUAAGAUACUCAAUCUGAGUUGACUGCCAGUAGGUUUUUUAUUUUUGCAGCAUUACACCUUUAGGUUUUCGUUGCUCUCCGAUACCAUCGGUGAAUUUCUUUUCCAACUGUAGCUUUAAUGUUCUCGUGACUUGUUGUGAAAGUAUAGAAUGACUUCUCGCAUAAUGAUUUGAACGGUCGAGGUUUGGCCGGUUACCAAAUCCUCCGUUGACCCUCUUGAAAACAGACCAUGUGAUUUAUCAAUAAAUUUUACAUUUUCGAUUCAGAC